AAACUUUAUUUUAAAUGAUUUUGUGCUAAAUCUAAAUGUGUAUUGAAAUAAUUUGAAAAGGUGUAUUCACAAGCUUCUUUAAUCAAUAAGUAAGUUUUUUGGGUUAAAUUUACUAAGUACUGGGUUGCGUCCCCUUUAAGUGAGGUUGGGUGGAGGCUACUGAACUCAAAGGGAAACUAUAGAGACAAACUGAAGGUACAUACAAAGCGUAUUUGAAGAAAAUUAACUCCAAACGGAACAUUGAAACGACCUCGGUACGAACAGGUUGGCAGGGCUGGGGAUCUGAAUGCAGUCGUCAUGGUGAAGGAUGUUUCGGAAAGUCAAGAAGCGCCACAGUAGCAGCAGCUCACAGAGCAGCGAGAUCAGCACCAAGAGCAAGUCUGUUGACUCUAGUUUGGGAGGACUCUCCAGAUCGAGUACUGUUGCCAGCCUUGACACAGACUCCACCAAGAGCUCAGGAAACAGCACAUCUGACACAUGUGCUGAAUUCCGGGUUAGGUAUGUGGGCUCCCUUGAGAACUUAGAGUUUGAAAUGAGCAAGACCCUUCAGGAGCCUCUGGACCUCAUCAACUAUAUUGAUGCAGCUCAGCAAGAUGGAAAGCUGCCAUUUGUUCCUGGCGACGAGGAGAUGGUACUAGGAGUGUCCAAGUAUGGAGUCAAAGUGGCCUCACUGGACCAGUGUGACGUGCUACAUCGACACCCUCUCUACUUGAUAGUGCGGAUGCUGUGUUAUGAUGAUGGCCUGGGUGCAGGGAAGAACCUCCUGGCUCUGAAAACCACAGACACAAAACAAGAGGAGUGUAGCAUCUGGGUGUACCAGUGCAGCAGCUCAGAGCAGGCUCAGUCCAUCUGCAAGGUGCUGUCAGCUUCUUUUGACUGCGCUCUGACAUCAGACAAGUCCUGAAGUUGGAAUAACAGAUUUCAGCUCAGGUCUUUUUUAGGAAGAAGGUGAAAUAACUGCAAAGCCAGCAAUCAUCCUUGCUGCCUUUCAGAUGCAACCAUUUCCUUCUUUUUUACAGUUUUGUUUUUGUAAACGUCACUUGUGAUGAUGUGGAAGCAACCUUCAUCCUUCAUAGUGAUGUCCAGUUCUCUCAUCAUUCUCCUGUUGACAGAGCUACUGUAAAUUUGCCUGAAUAAUUUCCUGCACUCAGCUGUCCUUUUAUGAUAAAUAGUAAAAACAAAGUGUAGUAAGGAAGCAAAUGGUUGCAUUUAUAAAUGAUGGAUCAGAAUUUAUAUGUGUUAGCAGGGUAAGUUCAAUUAAUCUUAUUUGAUAUAAAUUGUAGUACUAAAUGGUACAUCCAUGUCAGCAUUUACUGUAUGAAGCAAUUGAUAUGAGACAUGAAUGAGAGAAACUGCAUGGUACAGAUUUGAAUGAUGCUUCUUAUCAUGAAGAAACCACUGUGUGUUUUGUGUUCUAACAGUAUUGGUACAAUAAGUGAAGGAAUGUUAUAAACUGGCUUUAACUGUUCCUCAAAUCCUGAAUUUUCUUCUCUAUUUUCUUUUUAUUCCUAAGUUUAAUUUUAAUAUAAACAUUAAAGCCUUUACUGGUACCAAAAGGCUUUUUUUUCUUUUUCUUUUGAAAUGGUGAAAUGCACAGAUUAUCAAACAUCCUGAAAAUUAUAAUAAGCUGUUCUUUUUUUAUUUAAAAGAGUUUUGGGAAAUAAUUUGUUUACAGUUGUGCUUCUUAUUUGACUUCACCUUGUACAAUAAUAACCCAAGAUUUUCUCCCUGUCUUUUCCCUUCUGGUUGAACACAUAAGGAAAUAAAAUAAUUUAAUUUGGUACAAUACUGGAGUGAUUUUGAUACUAUU